AUGGGAAAAUUAAAGCAACCAAAGAGUCUGGAAUUGCUGGCAAUUGAGAAAUCAGCAGAAUGGUUGUGCAAUAUUGGCGAGAAAUUAAUAUCUGAGUGCAAAAUGCCGUUCACAGAUGAAGACGAUGUCCCACAUACAAAUAAAUUUACGCAUGAAAAUUUAGAUUUAGUUGUUAAAAUUUCGCAUGACUUAUUCGAGAGAUAUGUGCCAUUCUACCUCUAUCGAAACUUAUCGGAUGAACUCAUGAAAAGAAUCACGGAAUUAAUUGAAAAGUGUAAAAACGCAAUAGAAUUUAAAAUAAACAUGGCAAAGUUCCACACGCAAAUCAAAAUUGCUGUACGACUUAGUGAGUCAUUAAUAUCCAUCAAAUUGAGAUCAAUCGAUUUUGAUGAAUUACCAAAAAUGAUUCGGACGUCAUUUUACUCGCAAUUGAAUAAACUUGAGGGCAUUGAAAUUUUGAGACUUGGCUCAUUGACUGGUGGAUGGAAGACAUUUGAAAUGGAAUCAACAUUAGCAAGUUGCUUACAGCCAAUGAAGAAUCUCACACAACUUUGUCUCAACUAUGAUUGUACGGACAAGAUUCUCAAAGUUUUAGUCAAAAAUUGCCCAAAGCUGUUAAGUCUCGAUAUCACAAACUCAAAAUAUGUCACAAACAAGAGUGUUGACAUUAUAAUGGAAUUAAAAAACUUGAGAAUUAUACAAUUAUACAGAACGGGUGUGUCAAUGGAAGGAUAUAUCAAUUUAUUAUUACAUUUACCAGAACUCUUGGAUGUCGGACGAUAUGAUGAACUUGGAAAGUGUCUUGAAUUUAUCGACGAAUAUCAUCCAACAUACGGUAACUUUAAGCUCGAGCAUUUCUCAUCGAAUCAUGCGACAACAAAUCAAGUUCAAAUACUUUGCGAAAAGUUUCCAAACUUAAACUCAAUUUCACUAUUUCAUGAUGAAAUACGACUCGAUUUAAUGACAUUAAUUGGCAUCAACAAAUUGGAAAAAUUGAAACUUCAGUCGUGUGAGUUCUUUUCGGAUCGAAUACGAGAUUUAAUUGAAGUUAAAGGUUGUAAUAUUACAACGUUAGUGCUCGAGCACGUUGAUCAAAUUGAUAUGAAUGCACUGAUUUAUAUUUCACAAUUCUGUCCGGAACUUCAGACACUUUUUAUAUGCAAUUGCAAUUUAUUACUCAGCACGUCUCUACACUAUCGUUAUUGUAAAUUACCGCCGUUUUUGAGUUUAAAAAGUUUGACACUAAUUGGAACAUGUGCAUUAGAGCACUUGGAAUAUAUUUUAUCAUAUGCACAUAAAAUCAAAUUCGUUCAUUUAGGAUCACAUAUUCCAACAACUGAUGAGCUUUUCGAAAAAGUUUUCCUCAAGAAUGAGCUUUUUUAUCUCGAGGAGUUGCGGAUUAUGCAAUCGUAUGCACUCACAAUCAAAUCAGCAUUCAUGCUCGUAAAUAAUUGUUCCAAUUUACAACGACUCAAUGAGCUUGAAAGUUGGUAUUGUGUAUAUCCACUUCAAAUUGACGAAUUAAAGGAUUACGUACGCAGACAUAAUCUUGACAUUGACCUAACAUCAUACAGGAAAUUCGCAACAUAG